UACCAUUUCACAUAAGAAGAUGGCCAGUGUUAAGGCAAUAGGAGUUUUAUGCUUCCUAGUCUUUGUGGCCCUCUCUUCAUAUCCACACCGUGCACAAGCAGAUCACUGCUUCGCGGAUAAAAGUAAGGUGAUGAGGGAAUGCUGGAGGAACAUUGGGAAGAAUGUUGGCGAGCACCCCCUUCUACACGGGAGCGUCUGUUGCCAGGUGAUAAGGGCAGCAACAGACAUCCACUGCGUCUGUGAUAAAUUCACAACUGGUGAACUGGCUAGGAUCAGUCUGGCCAAAUUUGCCAUGGCUACACAUGUAUGCGGCAAUGGGUUGCGUGCACACACUCACUGUGCAGGUUACACAGUUCCUGUUAUAACGCUACCUGCACCCCCACCUCCAGGCAGUACCUAGAAAUUCAUUGUAAGGGAUGUCUGAUAAUGUGGAGAAAUAAAUGAAUAAAAAAAAGAAUGAUGUGUCAUUUGCAUAAAGAGUUCUUUAUUUGGAUGCAAAUAAUA